AUGAAGUCUGCUUUCACUCUUAGUCUCGCUCUUGUGGCCGUUACCGCAACAAUAUCAGCCGCUGCAGACGACAACUGCUCUUUUGGAUGCCUCGACGUGUAUAAGCCCGUUUGCGGCUCCAACGGCGAGACGUAUUCCAACUCGUGCUACUUACGCCUCGCAUCGUGUAAGAGCAACAACGGAAUUACCGAGGCCGGAGAUGGAGAGUGUGCAUCAACGCCCGCGUCGUCGGCGACACCCUCCCCCGUCACAUCAAGCACCGGCAGCACUAGCGGCACCGUGGGAUGCCCUGACAUGUGUCUUGACGUGUACGACCCUGUGAGCGACGAAAACGGUAAGGAGUACUCGAACCAGUGUUAUAUGGAGAUGGCAAAAUGCAAGGGAACCGGCUAUGACGACAACAAGCGUUCUGGAAACCCUGGCAUUUCUACGCUUGACGCUGAGCGCAAACUGGCGUUCGCGCCCGGCUACCAGGGUCCACCGUGUGGUGACAUGCUGUGCCCUGACAACUAUGCACCUGUGUGCGGCUCCGAUGGAGAGACAUACCCUAACGAAUGCGACUUGGGUAUCACUAGCUGCAACCACCCCGAACAAAACAUUACGAUGGUGGGUGAAGGGACCUUGCCCGUCACAGGAGCAGCAACAGCAACAGCAACAGCAACAGCAGAAGUUGUAACGAGAUGGUAG